CAGCAGCAGCAGUAGCGCGCCCGCCGAUAAAAGGCGCCGCGCUCGCCAGUUGCGGGCGACAGUCGCGGGCAAGCGACAGUCGCGGGCAACAGUUGCAAGCGACAGUCGCGGGCAACAGUCGAUCCUGCCAGAGCGGCCAUGGAGUCCACAAAUCUGUCUGCCAAUGCCUUGGAUGCCACCAACGCCACCUCGGACCUCAUCCUCAUGGCCACGCUCUUCCGAGACCCACCCGCCGCUCGCUACUCGGCCUUCGCGGCCCUCCUCCUCGUCUACGCCUUCACGGUGGCGGCCAACGCCACGCUGGGCCUCGUCAUCUGCCUCGAGGCGAACCUCCACCGGCCCAUGUACGUGCUCAUGGCGCUGCUGGCGCUCACCGACGUCCUGGAGACGACCAACGCGCUGCCGAGGAUCAUGGCCAACCUCGUCUCGAGCAGCAACUACGUGCCCAUGCCCGAGUGCAUCGCCCAGAUGUUCUUCUACCACAUAGCCAUCAGGGUGCAGUCGUUCAUCCUCACCGCCAUGUCCGUGGACCGCUACGUGGCCAUCGUCCACCCGCUGCGCUACCACUCGAUCAUGUCCAACGCGCUGGUCCUCAAGGUCUUCCUGGCGUCCGUGGCGCUCGCGGCGUUGCCGAUCAUCGGCUACGUGAGUGUGGUGGUGCGCCUGAACUUCUGCCGGGUCAAGGUCACCUACUCGCCCAACUGCGACAUCAUGAUGAUUAGCAACCUGUCGUGCAGCGACCUCUACCCCAACGUCUUCUACACGUACGCGAACAUCAUCACGGGCAUCGCCCUGCCGCUGCUGCUCGUCGUCGCCAUGUACGGGCUCGUCUUCGCCGACCUCCGCCGCCGGAGGGGCGGCUCGUCGCAGCAGAGGCACAGGAAGGCCGUGCACACGUGCGUGACGCACCUGUUCAACGUCGCCGUCUUCUUCAGCUCCAUCGUGUUCACCUUCAUCAACGGCCUCAACCUCUACACGAUCCCGCGCGACGUUCGAUUCCCGCUGCAGAGCCUCCAGUACGUGGUGCCGCCCGCCCUCAACCCGGUGGUGUACGGGCUGCGCACGGCCGAGAUCCGGCGAGCCUUCGUGAGGCUCGUGACGAGGCGCGUGGCUCCCGCGGCGUCCGCUAAGUGAAACAAAUUGACCGUUGCCCAUGUGCUCGUCCCUCGUCUCUUCUGCAGCAACAUCAUCAUCAUUAUCACCACCACAAUCGUUGUUGACCGUUGUCCAUGUGCUCAUUGCACGUCUCUUCUGCAACGGCAUCAUCGUCGUCGUCGUCAUCACUAAUCGUUAUCUGCAUCGUGGGAGUCAUCACUAUUUUCAUGCGGGUUUCCUACCACAUGUAAGCACUCAUUAAAUUGGGCCGAUAACGCAUGCAAAUGUGGUUAGAGGAACGCAGAGCUUGGCAAUUGUUGGUAGCGCCGGCUAUUCAUCAUUGCAUAGCUCCUGCUUCUGCCGCUUUUAUGCUCCUCAUCCGGUUAGCACGGUUGUCUAUGUACGGUGCGAAAGAAGUUCAACAUACAUACAUUCAUAGAGGGGUCGGUUACGUACAGUGAAAAUUAAGUUCAACGUACAUACACACGCGGCACGGUUGGCUACGCACGGUGUGAAAGAAGUUCAACAUAAAUACACAGAUAGCAUGGUUGGCUGCGUGGCUGCCAUAAACGUGGACAUUUAUAGCAGCUAAAUGCUCUAACCGGAUGUUGAUUACAAACUUGGAGGGAAAAAAAAACCAAAGGAACCGGUAGAAAAAAAUCCACGUGACCACAGGGAGAACAUUCAAACUCCAAAUAUACAGCGUUAGAGUUGGGAUGUAACCCACGACCUCGUGUAUACCGGGCGAGAUAGUUAACAUCUUGCCACCGCGGCGCCCAUGUGGAAAACAAAAAUAGCCUUUGAGAAAAACUCACCCGUUCCGUGAUGGCCCCUUGCCGGCUCGGCUCGGAUAUGCCAGUGGGAAAGUGGGAUCGGGACUUCAAUCACAUCUUACUGAUAGGUGUGUGUGUGCGCGAUCGUUUUUGGCGUGAACUAUCAGCUAAAUCACAAAGCCGCAGAGUCUCUCUACUCAAAUGAGCAUUAAUAGCCGUACGAAAGAAGAAGAUGCACACACGGAAAAUGUUAAACUCUCUAGUAGUGGUGUGGCGAGUGUGGUUAUCCAGAACAGACCGCAGUACAACGUUUAACGAUACAAUCACCCCCCCCCCACCCGAUUCACAAAUACGAGGAAGAAAUCACAGCGACGAUGAUUCAUUACUCCGCUACUGCUCCUGACAUGGUAGUUAUCUGGGCUUGACCACCUGAAUGUGAAAUUGUAAACGUUGCUCUGCAAUCUACAUCGGCAGCCGUACGGAAGAAGAAGACGAUAUAUUGUUGUUUUUUUCGGUAAAGUAACGUUAAUUUUUUUUAUUAUAAAAAUA